UGUGACUUUCAGAAAUUAAUUUGAUUAGUAUUACCAGGAAUCCAAGUUUUCACCUUUUCUAGUAUAAGAAUAUUUCUUUUCUACAUAUUUUACCAAAGUUUUAUUCAUGUGAUUCAAGAUCUAACCUGCCACGAUUUUCAGGCUGAGAAACUGCCAAAAUGUCAGAGAGCGAGGCAACUGCGGGAGUGGACGCCGCUACCGUAGAAGGCGAAAAAGUAAAGGCGAUAAACGGCGUGAAGGAAGUGGAACAGGAGACGGAGGUCAGAUUGCAGAACGGGGACUCUGAGAAGCCGCAGAUAAAUGGAGACGUGGCAAAGGAUGAAGAAACAGUGAAUGAAGUGGAACAAAAUGGGGACAGUAAAGUAAACGAUCACAUGGAGGAGAUGGAGGAUGAUAAGGAAAAGAAAGAGGGGGAGAGAGAAAAGGAGAAGAAAGUGGAGGAGGAGGAGAAGAUGGAGGUAGAUAAAAAGGGGGAGGAGGAGGAGGAGGUGGUGAAGGAGGAGAAGAGAGAGGAAGGACAGACCAAAGAGGCUGAUGGAAAGAGAGAGGUGGGAAGAGAGUGAAGGGAAGAAAGAGUCACAGAAGGGAAAAUAAGAAAGAGGGUGAGCAGGAGGAGGAGGAGAAGGAGAAGGAGAAGGGAGAGGGAAAGAGUGAUGCGAGUGCGGACAAGAAGAAAGAACCCAGCAAAAGUGACAGCGGGGGUGGUGGGGGUGGCGGGGCGUUAGUAGUAGCAACAAGGAGAAUGCCAAGAUGUCGCCGGCAGAAGGAUGCCAAGAAGGACAAGAUUUCCAAGGAGGUGGAAGAGGUGAAGGAGGAGCCGCUGGCCACCCGGCAACUGCGAGUCCGCAAGACCCCCAAGAAGUACACGGAGGACGACGACGAUGUCAAGAUCACCGAGGAGGUGAUCAAGGAUGACAGCAGCGACAUUGAGAUGAUCGAAGAGAGCGAUCCCCUCGCUAUCAGCGACGCCGAUGUCAAGAAGGCCCAACAGAAGGACAAGAAGGAGACUCUCCACGGACGUGACAAUAAAGCCUCGCCUCCCUCCCUGCAGGUCAAGAAGGACCCCAACGUAAUCAUCAUCGACACCAAUACUCUGCUGAAGAACCAGGGUAACCUGGCGGCCGCCGUGGCCCAGUCCACGAGCACGCCGGUGUCCACUGUGACCCAGACCUCGUCUCCCCACACCCCCACAGUGUCCAAUGUCAAUAUCCAGACGGCCAUUCAGGCCAUCACUGGGGGGGUGCCGGCACAGGGCUUGCAGUCGGCCUACAUCACGGCCCUCCAGCAGGUGCUGUUGGCUCAGGGCGGGCAGGUCCCUAUGAACUCGCAGCAUCUGGCUCAGCUCCAGCAAUAUUACAACAGUUUAGGUCAUUUGCAGGACGACGCUUACGUGAUUGAGGCGCCUUCAUUUAUUGUGCCCUACGUCAUGGAGGGGAAACCCAAGGAACCAAUCCAAAAGUUCCUCAAGAGGAUUAACAAAGAUCUGGAGGAGUUUGAGAGGAAGGAGAAGGAAGAGGAGGAGAAGAAGAAAGCAGAAGAAGAGAAGAAGAAACAGGAAGAGGAGAAGGCAGAGAAGGAGAAGCUGAAGGCAGAAGAGGGUGCGAAGGAGGAGGAAGGUGGAGAAGAGAAGAAAGAUGGGGAAGAAAAAACUGAAGGAAGUGAGGAGGAGAAGGAGAACAAAGAGAGUGAUAAGGAUAAGGAAGAGAAGAUGGAAGUGGAUGAGAAAGAUGCCAAGAAGGAGAAUGGGGAAGUGAAGGAGAAGGAGAUUGAAAAGGAGACAGAGGACAAGAAGCCAAAGGAGGAAGAGAAGGCAAAAGAUCAGACGAAGGAGGAGAAGGAAAAAGAAAAGGAGAAGAAGGAGGAGCCCACAAAACCAGAGGUGAAGGAAGAGAAAGCCAAAGAGGAGAAGGAGAACGCACAAAAGCACGAUGAAAACAAGGAGAACAAAAGCAAGGAGGGAGAAGAUGAGAAGGAGAAGGAAAAGGAGAAGGAGAAGGAGAAGGAGGAGAAGAAGGAGGAAGAUCUGAGCUAUCUGGGAAAAUGGGAGCCCUACUACCGCAGCUCCCUCGGCAAGUUCUUCCUGGACCUCGGCCUCAACCAGGCGCAGGAAUUCCUCCAGUCGGACCUCCUCAGAAUGCAGAAGAAGAAGCUAGAGAAGAUGAAAACGUCUCCGUCCAAGGAAGGCAUUCUGUCCGUGAAGUUGUUAGAGAAGCAGCUGGGCAUUACCCGUGAGAAGAAUGCGCACUUACACCUGCCGCUCAAGACCUGCAAGUUCUGCAACUUCAAGACGGAGAGUGAAAUGGUGAUGGACCGACACUUGGAGUCUCCCCACAUGGUCAACUACACAUACAAGUGCAACUUCUGCGAUUUUGAGACCCGCGGACCUCAGGUAAUCUUGUUCCACAUGGAGGCAGAACACAACGUAAGGGGCCGCCUGGAGCGUGCCCCGGCCUUCUUCCAGUGCUCACUCUGCCCCUAUGAGGACAACAACAAAUCCAAGAUGACACGCCACUCCUUCUCGUGCAGCAAGAAGUACAAGCCUGAGAAGAACUGCGAACUCAUAGACUGGGAACCUCCGGCCAAGAUUCCCAAGGUACACCGUGGGCGCCCCAACACGUUAGGCAAGGCCUUCGAGCCAGUCAAGAUGCCUAACCUUUUGCCCAAGGGCCUAUCAGGCAUGAACCUCAACCUCCAAACGGCCGUCGCCUCAAACAUCCUCACGUCAGCGUCGGCAGCGGCGGCGGCAGCUGCGGGACGGGGACGAGGGCGGCCCGUGGGUUCGUACAAAAACACAGGCCAGUCGCCCAACCAAGGGCGAGUCGGGACGGCAGGGAAUGCCGGGUCACUCCUAUAUCAGGCGCGAGGAGUGACGACGACAGCUGGCAACCUGGUACAGCAGGUGGCAGGAAACACACAACAAUUCACACUCGGCAACCAGAUGUUCCACUCGGCAGCGCGAGUCCCUCGAAUCUUACCGUCCUCUUCAACUUCGCCAGUUAGCCUCAUUCCUGGACUGGCCGCCUCCUCCUCCAUCACCAUACAGAGUGUACAAAGCAAGGCUGGGAACACGAAGUCUCCACAGCAACCCAGCAUAUCCAUCACGCCCCUCCCACGGGCCGGGCAGCAGGCCCAGAGCGUGAGCAAGGGAGCCACCCCGACGCGCGACUCCAGCGGGAAACCGUCCUUUGUCAUAUGCGAGAUCUGUGAUGGUUAUAUUAAGGACCUGGAGCAGUUACGGAACCACAUGAACCUGAUCCACAAGGUGAAAAUCCACCCCAAGAUGAUUUACAACCGCCCCCCGCUCAACUGCCAGAAGUGCCAGCACCGAUUCUUCACCGAUCAGGGUUUGGAGCGGCACCUUCUGGGAACCCAUGGGCUGGUCACGUCAUCCAUGCAGGAAGCCGCAAACAAGGGCAAGGAUGCAGGCCGGUGUCCCAUCUGCGGAAAGGUGUUCCAGUGGAAACUCCUUAACCACGUGAGCAGAGACCACAAGAUGACUCUCAAACCUGCACACCUGUCCUACAAGUGCACAGUGUGUACCGCGACGUUCAACAUGUAUCGGCUGUUUGAGAAUCACGUGUACUCUGCCCACUCGGUCGUCAACAAAAAUAAGGGGGAGAGCGGGAAGAAGCAGAGCAGUGAGAGGGAGGAGGAAGAGAGCAAAAGGGAAGAGGAAGGAAGGAAGAAAGGUUCAGGGUCCACUGAGUCUCCGCUAAAAAUCAAUGACGAGAUCACCAUUAUUCCGCAGCCUGCAUCCAAAAACACCAAACCAGACAAGCCAGCGCCUACAAAGAAGGGAGAAAGCACGCAGCCAACAGUAAGUAAGGAGAUCACUAUCACCAAAGUGGGCUCCAGACCCACGCGGCGCAGCGGGGGCAGCAGCGUGGAGGUGAUCAGCCUAGACGAGUCGCCUACCAAGAACGACGCGGCGAAGAAGCGCCCCAGCAAGGACAACCUCUCCAGCAACCCCAAGAGGGCACGAACCAGUAGCUAAUUAAUGGCAGUGGUGUUGGUGAAGUGUGCAGAGGGGGCCAGUCAGUUCCCCUUUCUGAGAAAGUGCGAAAAGCGAGUGAGGAAAGGGAAGGAAAGAGAGAGGUAGAGAGAGAGAGAGAUUUAUAUAUACAUAUAUACAUAUACAUAUACAAGUGGUGAUGAGUGACAGAAAGAAAGUGCUCAGAGUUAGUUUUUUUCUUUCUUUCUUUUUUCCAUAAUUAUUAUUAUUAUUAUUAUUAUUAUGAUUAUUAUAAUUAUUAUUAUAUAAUCUCUCAUCUCUCUUCUCUUGUCUCUCACUCUGCUUUCAAAAUAGAAUAAAAUAAACAAUGACGAGCCAGUGGUUUGUUGGUUUGUGCUUGCGUGUGUAUAAAAUGGAGAGCUCUUGGGGGUGAAAUCUACGAGAAAUGAGUGACGAGAGAGAUCAUAACAAUGAAUGGGGAAAAUGAGAAAAAGAGCAUUGUAGAGGAUGAGGGAAAGCUACAUUAUAGACCCCUAGAGGCAGGUGGAGCGAGAUGGGUGUGCCACUGUGACUUCUGACUAAUGUAUAUUUAAAGAAAAAGAAAACAAAACAAAAAAAUACCAAAAAAAAUUACAAAAAAAAAAAAGAAAACGUAAAAAAAAAGAAGUAAUAUUUAUAAAAGUGCUGGUGUGAGAAUACAGGUAUUGCUACAGACAGGAGAAAAAAAAAAGUUUUGGUUGGCUGAUACUGCCUUCUCAUUCUUGCUUCAAAGUGCGUUUACUUUAUACAAUAUAUUGUAUUUACUUCACACAGUUUUCACUGGGGAGAGAAACUAUGGUUGGAGAGGCCACUUUAGGAAAAAAAUAAAAGCAAACAAAAACA